CUCAAUAAAAGUUAAUAUGGCUGCGCCCAUUGUCCGCUGUUGGACAGGAUUUGCAAGAAAAUGUGUUCGCUACACCAAAGGAAGAACUGUCAUCAAACAAAACGUUCAGGUCUCAGACGGAAAAUAUUGGUGUCACCAUAAGGCAUGUGUGAUUUCUCAGAAAAUCCACGCAAGAUGUUUCAUAUCAAGUUUUGCUGUCGUUAGCAUUUUCGGGUUUGGACUGAAGAAAGGAAAAACAUCCGAAACUGAGGAUGGUGUGACGUCUUCGGAUCAGUCUGUUAUUGAGACGGCCGACCAGUUAUACAAAGGCAACCAGAUGAUCAAACUGUAUGACUUCCUACUGGGUUAUUCCGACAGCAACAACGGCGACAUCGCGUGGCGACUGGCACGGGCGACGUGCGACAAGGCCAAACUGACAGGCGACAAAACUGAGAGGAAGAAACUCAUGUACGAAGCCUUUGAUUUAGCUCAGAAAGCACUGACACUAGACGAAAACAACUCGUCAUGUCACAAGUGGUAUGCAAUUCUUCUUGACUACAAGGGAGAAUACGAGGGCACCAAAUUCAGAAUAUCUCACUCAUACGAAAUGAAGGAGCAUUUUCUGAAGGCAAUGGAGUUAAACCCAAAGGAUGCCACGACAAUACAUUCCAUUGGAGUUUGGUGUUUUGCAUUUGCCGAUCUGCCGUGGUACCAGCGCAAACUGGCGGCAGCUUUGUUUGCAACUCCACCAUCCUCAACUUACGAAGAGGCACUUCAUUAUUUUGAAAAAGCUGAAGAAGUCGAGCCUGACUUCUAUAGCAUGAACCUACUGAUGCUGGGAAAGACUCACCUUCGGCUGGGCAACAAGGAGCAGGCGCUGAUCUACCUGGCCAGGGCUCGGAAUUACCCGGUCAAGACCCCAGACGAUGAGCAGGCUCACAAAGAAUCCGCCGAUUUACUCAAGAAAAUUUAAAGAACAAAGAAAACUUAUUUAUUACUUAUUUAUAUUUUGUAAUGCUAUUUUUUUUAUAUAUAUAUCUUUAAAGUUUUCUAUUGUUUUUAACAAAAACUUAGUAAAUCUUCACCAAGCUUCAUUGACGCAGGGAAUACGCGGAAAAUACGCAGGGAAUACGCGGAAAAUACGCAGGGAAUACGCGGAAAAUACGCAGGGAAUACGCGGAAAAUACGCAGGGAAUACGCAAAUGCAUGAAGGUUACAGUGUGCAUGAACCUUCUGUCCUGAGACAGAAAUGUGUUACAAAAUAACAAUAUAUUUUGAUAAAUAUAUUUAUGCUAUGUUUGUUGUGUCAUUCACCAUAUAGACCGUUCCAUCCUCUUA